GCGGCCAAAGCGCGCCGAGCUCGAGUUCGCCACGGCCCCCCCGCGCCCAGCCCGCCACCAGCCUCCCGAAUCGAACAGACGGUGGCUGCCUGCGCCGGUGGCGAUUUCAAUGACGAGCGAAGCGUAUGAGAAUGGCUUCCACAACGAGGCUGGACAGCAAGACGAGAUGGGCGCACCCAGCCACGGCGAGGACGCGGCGACAGCGCACACCAGCGCUGUGGGGCCCGCUGAGAAUGGGCAUGCAGCGCAUCACAACGACCUCGUGGAGAGGGCGGGUGAAUCGGAGCGGGCAAUGGAGGCCACCGUCGACCGGAUGCAGUCAGUCCACGGCGUGCUUGGCACGGUCGUUUUUCGCGGCGACGGCACUGUGCUCAAGUCGACGCUCUCGCCGUCUGAGGCGGCGAGGCAUGUCCCGGGGGCCUGCCAGCUCCUGCUCCGGGCCAUGUCGGCCGCCGAGGCGGUGGGCGCGCCAGGCGGGCUGCGCAACCUCGCUGUGCGGACAAAGAAGCACGAGCUGCUCCUCUCGUGCUCGGAGCGGUUCUCCCCGUCGGCUGGGUUUGGGUUGCUCGUGCUGCAGGACCCCAGCCUCGUGAUCGAUACCAAGGUUGGGGUCCGAGAUCUCAUCGCCAAGCUGCGCAAGCUUGGCUGCGAGAUCCCACCCGCGGCGGACCGUGCGUGGUUGCUCGAGAUUUUGGAGGGCGAGAUGAUGCGGAGAGGGCUGUGAGUGGCGUGCAUCUGUGUGUGUGGUGGCGGCGUGCCGUCCUCCCAUCCCUCCCUUGAGCUGUCUCUUUUCUUUCUUUCUUUUGUUUAAAUUCUUUCUCUUU